GAGUUUUACCGCUGUUACAUGAGCUUGAAAUAUGUUGUGGGUGUUCAUUCAACGAACUUUCUGAGGUCGAAUCAGCAGCAUCUCAUCGCUGUAAAGUCGGGAGUGGGAAUUGUCCCCAUUUUGCAGGAUCUGCCACAGAGGCUCGCCACCCCCUACCGGCGUGAGCCUCACACUGCAGCCAGAGAGACGGCGGUCAGAGCGCGGAGGGGCCGCAGGGGCCGGAGGGCCGGAGGGGCGUGGCUUCGCCGCGGGUGGAGCUCCGAGGCCCCGCCCCCUCGUGCAGGGCCGGGCACUUCCGUCCGCAGAAGCACCGGAGCCGCCGGCGGAGCUGCGGGCCGAGUCCUUCGGGCCGGGCCUCCCGGGUCGGAAGCAGGGAGUGAGCGGAGCGCGGUGGAGCUGGUCGCAGACCCCCAGACGCGCACCGUGGCUGUGAAACAGCUGGGAGUUAAUCCCUCAACUGCAGGGACCCAAGAGCUGAAGCUGGGGUCAGAGGGCUCUCUGGGGGUGGGGGACACGCUGUAUUUGGUCAACGGCCUCUACCCGCUGACCCUGCGCUGGGAAGAGGCCCGCGUGCCAGAAUCCCAGCCAGACACUCCACCCGGCACCCCUCCGGUGGCCCCAACCGAGGAGGAGGAGGAGAAAGAGGAGGAGAAGGAGGGAGAGGAAGAGGAUGUUGCACAGCGGAAAAAGCGAAUGCGGAAGUCAUCCCCUGGCUGGGAGAGCUUCGAGAAGCUGCUAGUGUUCACCGCACCCGGGGUGAAGGCCCGGAGCAAGGUGGCCGGCUUUGAUCUGGAUGGGACCCUCAUCACCACACGCUCUGGGAAGGUCUUUCCCACCGGCCCCACUGACUGGAGGAUCUUGUACCUAGAGAUUCCACGUAAGCUCCGGGAGCUGGACGCCGACGGCUACAAGCUGGUGAUCUUCACCAACCAGAUGGGCAUUGGGCGUGGGAAGGUGUCCGCAGAGGAGUUCAAGGCCAAGGUGGAGGCUGUGCUGGAAAAGCUGGGAGUCCCCUUUCAGGUGCUGGUGGCCACGCACGCUGGCCUGUACCGGAAGCCAGUGAUCGGCAUGUGGGACCAUCUGCGGGAGCAGGCCAACGAGGGUGUGCCCAUCUCCAUUGGGGACAGCGUCUUCGUGGGAGACGCAGCUGGACGCACCGCCAACUGGGCCCCGGAGCGAAAAAAGAAAGACUUCUCCUGCGCAGACCGCCUAUUUGCCCUCAACCUGGGCCUGCCCUUCGCCACCCCGGAGGAGUUCUUCCUGAAGUGGCCGGCGGCCCCCUUCGAGCUCCCAGCCUUUGACCCGAGGACAGUCUCCUCCUCGGGGCCGCUCUACCUGCCUGAGUCCAGCUCCCUCCUGAGCUCCGACCCUGAGGUGGUCGUCGCCGUGGGAUUCCCUGGGGCCGGGAAGUCCACCUUCCUCCAGGAGCACCUGGUGUCCGCCGGCUACGUCCACGUGAACAGGGACACCCUGGGGUCGUGGCAGCGCUGUGUGGCCAUGUGUGAGGCGGCCCUGAAGCAAGGGAAACGGGUCGUGAUCGACAACACAAACCCGGAUCCCGCCAGCAGGGCCAGGUACAUCAAGUGCGCCCAGGAUGCCGGCGUGCCCUGCCGCUGCUUCCACUUCAGCGCCACCCUGGAGCAGGCGCGCCACAACAACCGGUUUCGGGAGAUGACAGACUCCUCUCAUGCCCACGUGGCUGACAUGGUCAUGUUCGGCUACAGGAAGCAGUUCAAGGCCCCAACGCUGGCGGAAGGCUUCGCCGAGCUCCUGGAGAUCCCCUUCCGGCUGCAGGUGGAGCCGCAGCGGGAGCGCCUGUACCGCCAGUUCUCCGAGGGCUGAGCCGCUGCCGGCCCUGCCCCCCAAUAAAUGCUAGUUUUCUUUCA